GACCUUGAUGAACACAAGAAGACAAUCAAGGCCGCCGGGAGCAACGCGCAAGAGUACCUCACACAACUCAACGAGUACAUCGCCGAGAACAAGCGCAAGCUCGACGGGUACACACAGACAGAUGACUACACAACUGGGAAGACGAAGCGAUCUGCAAGCCACACCGCCACAGACUGCUACGAGAUCCUCAACAAGACGCUCCAAAGGGAAGAACAAGCGACGGCACACUACAAGGAUGAGGCAAAGGCCUACAAACACCAAAGAGACAGCAUCCAGGGCAAGUACGAGAGCGACAUAGCCAACAAAGAGAACAACAACAAAUACCGCAAGGAGAUAGACGCCCUCAACGCAGAUCUGCAACACCUACCAAAGGCCGUCACGGACCUCAAGACCAACAAGAACAAUAAUAUCCACACGGCCAAAGAGGACCACAAGAGGAAAGAACAACAUCUCAACCAACUGAUCGAGGACCACAUCAAGAAGUACGACAGCAGCGCCAG